AUGCCUUCCACCACCUUCACUCUUUCCUCGGCCCUGUGCCUUCUUCUGGCCGUUGGCCCCGCCUCCGUCUUCUCCGCACCUCAGCUGCCUGGUCUCCCCCUCCUCGGUGGUGACCAUGACCCCGAAACCGGCCAUAGCGAGCACGAUGCCGGAGCCGGAUACACUGUCGGUAUUCCCGACGGUCCUUCUGUGAAGUUCGGUGCUGGCGUCCACAGCGAGCACAACGGUCCUUGCGGCCCUGGCGCAAGCAGCGUGCACAAUGCAGGCGCUGGCUACGAAGUCGGUCAACCUGACGGUCCUUCCGUCAAGUACGGCGCUGGCGUCCACAGCGAGCACGACGCUUACCCUUGCCCUGAGAUCGUCGAGGUCCCUCCCCCGGCUACCGUUGUGAUUCCUCCCACCGUUCAGACCACCCCUGCCGUUGAGGCUCCUCCUGCCACAGAGACCUAUAUGCCUUCUUUCAUCCCUCCCACUUAUAUUACCCCGAUCAACAUUCCUACCAUCACCACCCCGGCCGCUUAUGUCAUUCCUACUCCGGUCUCCGUCACCUCGACCCCUCUGAUCAACUACCCGGUGCCUUCUUCUACUCCUCCCUCGCAGCCCGUGUUCAACUCUGCCUCAGCUCUGGUACCAAGCUCAGCCUUUGCCAUCGCCCUCUCCAUCAUGCUAGGCGUCUUCGCCUAG